AUGGCCAACGAUAAUGAGGAACCACUUCUCGUCCGGCUCUUCCUCUCUCCGUCCACGAGCCUGUGCGCUGCGUGUGCUCCAUGCAGGGCACCGGCUUCUCCCUGCCCCAGCGGCGUGGGAGGGCGCCCCCCGCUGGCCAAAGUGGUGACCGGAGACAUCCUGGUCGACAUCACAGGGAGGAACGUGUCGGAAUACCUGCUCUACACCUCCGACCGACUGCGGCUGCACAGAUACGGAGGUCUGACUGUGGGGAACAUUCAGAAGUCUGUCCCUGCUGCGUUUGGGAACAAGGUCCCUCCACUGGUACGAAAGAUCGCGGUCCGACGAGCGGCUCAGGUGCUGUACAAUAACAAAGGCUACCACAGCAUGCCCACUUACCUGAACGUGCUCAACAACGCCAUCCUCAGAGCCAACCUGCCGCCGUCCAGAGGAAACCCGGCGGCCUACGGCAUCACGCUGACUAAUCACCCAAUGAACCGGACCAGCGCCAGUCUGUCCUUGGACUAUCUGCUGCAGGGCACAGACGUGGUCAUCGCCAUCUUCAUCAUCGUGGCCAUGUCCUUCGUCCCUGCUUCCUUCGUCGUCUUCCUCGUCUCAGAGAAAUCGUCCAAAGCCAAACACCUGCAGUUUGUGAGCGGCUGCGACCCGGUCAUCUACUGGCUCUCCAACUACGUGUGGGACAUGUUGAACUACCUGGUCCCAGCCACCUGCUGUGUGUUCAUCCUGUUUGUGUUCGACCUGCCGGCGUACACGUCCCGGACCAACUUCCCCGCCGUGCUCGCCCUCUUCCUGCUCUACGGCUGGUCCAUCACUCCCAUCAUGUACCCGGCUUCUUUCUGGUUUGAAGUCCCCAGCACGGCCUACGUCUUCCUCAUUGUCAUCAACCUCUUCAUCGGAAUCACAGCCACGGUCGCCACCUUCCUCCUGCAGCUGUUUGAACACGACAAGGACCUGAAGCGUGUCAACAGUUACCUCAAGUCCUGCUUCCUGAUCUUCCCCAACUACAACCUGGGCCACGGCCUUAUGGAGAUGGCCUACAACGAGUACCUCAACGAGUACUACGCCAAGAUCGGUCAGUUCGAUAAAGUCAAGUCUCCGUUCCAGUGGGACAUUGUGACCCGGGGUCUCGUUGCCAUGACGAUAGAAGGUUUUGUGGGGUUCCUCAUCACGCUCCUCUGUCAGUACAACUUCCUCCGCAAACCUCCCCGUGUUCCGGUGAGCGUUCAGCCCAUUGACGACGAUGACGAAGAUGUGGCGUGUGAGCGGAGGAGAGUCCUGCGUGGAGACGCGGACCAGGACGUGCUGAAGAUACGGAACCUCACCAAGGUGUACAAGUCUCGUAAAAUGGGUCGUAUCGUGGCCGUGGACCGCCUCUGUCUCGGCGUCCGUCCCGGCGAAUGUUUUGGUCUGCUGGGAGUGAACGGAGCCGGAAAAACCUCCACCUUCAAAAUGCUCACGGGAGACGAGAGCACGACCGGAGGAGAGGCCUUCAUCAGCGGAAACAGUGUGCUGAAGGAGCUGUUGCGUGUUCAGCAGAGUAUCGGAUACUGUCCUCAGUUCGACGCCCUGUUCGACGACUUGACGGCCAGAGAGCACCUGCAGCUCUACACUCGCCUGCGGGGGGCGCCCUGGAGCGACCAGUCCAGGGUGGUGGAGUGGGCGCUGCAGAAGCUGGAUCUGUGUGAAUACGCAGACGAGCCGGCCGGGACGUACAGCGGCGGAAACAAACGCAAACUGUCGACCGCCAUCGCCCUGAUCGGCUUCCCCCCACUCAUCUUCCUCGACGAGCCCACCACAGGAAUGGACCCUAAAGCUCGUCGGUUUCUAUGGAACCUCAUCCUCGACAUCAUCAAAACAGGACGCUCCGUGGUGCUGACGUCACACAGUAUGGAAGAGUGUGAGGCCCUCUGCACGCGGCUCGGCAUCAUGGUCAACGGACGCUUCAAGUGUUUGGGAAGCAUCCAGCACCUCAAGAACAGGUUUGGAGACGGGUAUAUGAUCACAGUGAGGACCAAAGCCAGUAACAAUGUGAAGGAAGUGGUUCGCUUCUUCAACAGAAACUUCCCCGAGGCACUGCUCAAGGAGCGGCACCACACUAAAGUCCUGUUCCAGCUGAAGUCUGAGCGCUUGUCCCUGGCCCAGGUCUUCAGCAAGAUGCAGCGCGUUGUGGAUCUGCUCGGGAUCCAAGACUAUUCCGUGAGCCAGACCACACUGGACAAUGUAUUUGUGAACUUUGCAAAGCAGCAGAGCGAUAACCUUGAUAACCAGCAGGAGGUAGCGCCCCCUGCUGCCGGACAGUCUCCUUUGCAGCGGAUCCUGAGUCUGUUGAAGUCCCGCUCGGUCCAGACUGAACUGUCAGCUUUGAUCAGUGACGCACCGGAGGAGAUCAGUGACGACGAGGGGCUCAUCAGCUUUGAGGAAGAGCGGGCCUCAGGUCAAGCCAUAGACCCAUUUGUUGGUGUACAAUUAAUGAAAAUUGGUCUGAAGGAGUACUGUUAUAAAUUUGCGGUGCAUCAAAUUGACAAGGAGAUUUUUUGUCAGCUGACUGAGAGGGACUUGGAUGAGCUGAUCCCAGUCGUCGGCCACAAAAUCAAACUCAGAAACCAUCUGGAGAAAAUUAAGAGAGAAAACAAAGAUAGAAUCGGAGGCAGUGCCCAGCCCUCUACCAGUCGGACACCAGAACCUCAAACUUCAUCUGCUGGAAAGAGGAAACUAGAUCCAACACUAAAUGCAAACGAAAGACAAAAAAGACAAAAACUUGAGAAAAACCUGGAUGCCGUCAAAUGCAUAAUGGCUAAAGUCAAUAAGAAGAUCACGGACGCAGGAGGGGAUGAUGGCUCUAUUUUAACGUUUUUAAGGGAGAAGAUAAGGGAAUUGAAGACAGAUAAGAAGGAGCAGAUUGGAGUCUUUGGUCGUACCGGGGUAGGAAAAAGCUCCCUAAUCAACGCUGUUAUUGGCAAAGAGAAACUGCUUCCUACUGAUAUUGGCAAGGCCUGUACUUCAGUCAUUAUAAAACUAGAUGCCAAUAAAAAUGACAUGAAGUACAAGGCAGAGGUGGAGUUCCUCUCUCAAGAAGAGUUUGAUGACUUGCUGUUUUCUGCUGAAACUGCAGACCAUCGAGGCUUUGAUGAUGAGAGUGAAGUUAUCAUUGAAAAGAUGACUGCUCUUUUUGGAAAUGACUGGAACAUUCCACUAGACACAUUAAAGAAAUCCAGCAAAUAUAAAGUAGUAUCCGAGUUUAUCAAGAAUAAAAAAGAAUUUCUGUCCAAUGAGUCGUCCGCAGAACUAUCAAGGAACCUUCAAAAAUACACCAAAAACAUAAGCGACCCAUCACAGAUUAUGUUUUGGCCAGUGGUGAACUGCGUCACAAUUCAAGUUCCAGAAAAUGAGCUUCUGCAACACGUGACACUGGUGGAUUUGCCUGGAACAGGAGACAGCAACAAGACGAGGAAUGACAUGUGGAAAAAGAUGGUCAGCUGCUGUGGAACAGUGUGGGUGGUAACUGAAGUGACUCGUGCCGCCUCAGAGAAGGAGACCUGGAACAUCCUUCAAAGUGCCAGCAAAUACCUGGGGAAUGGAGGAGUAUGUCGGAACAUUCACUUCAUCUGCACCAAGUCGGACUCUGCCGAAGGGGAACUCUCACCGGAAAAAUUCAAGAAUGAAAUCUCACAAAACAAAGAUGUUCAACACAUUAAGAGUCAAUUUGAAGAGAACUGCUUUAAAGUAUUUAUUGUGAGCUCUAAGAAGACAAAAUCAGCAGCAGUUAAUGAGAUAGUUAAACUCCAGGCUUUUCUUCAUAGUCUGAAUGACCGGAAAGAACUUGUGUCAAAUUAUAUAUCCUCAGCCUACAGCAUCCUGGCUCUGAUGGUGGGUGCGCGCUUUGGAAAUGUCCAACAGAAAAUGGCACUGUAUCAAGAGCUCUGUGGCAGAAAAGACUGUAAGAUCGAAGGGAUUAUAAAGAAGAUGGAUCAAGUAUUCCAGGACUUUAAAACAACUCUCACAGAAGGAGUCAACAGGGCCAAAGAAGAAGGGGAAAGCACCAUGGAACGCAAGAUUCGUGACAUGGGAAACAAUUUUUCAACGGUUCAAAGUGUUAUGAAGAAAAACGGCAACCACAGAACAGGAAAAGGAAAGCAAAUCAACCUAAACACAGCCAUUUCCUUCUUUCUAACUAACAGCAUCGACUUGAAAUUCAGAACGGCCUUUCCAAAUUCUGGAAAAGAUGGACCCUUCUAUGGCAGCAUUCACAGUUUUUCACUUGACUGUGGCCAGUUGAUGGAAAAUAACCAAGAAGUUAAACUCCUGCUUAUAUUUAUUAAAAGAGAGGAAGAGAAACUGAAGACAAAACUCUGCAAUGAGAUACGCGAAAGGAAGAAACAAAUCUACAAUUGUCUGACAGAAACUGUGGAUGACAUGAUGAAGGAAGGAUAUGAGUCCGCCUGUAGAGAGGCAGUUGGCGAGGGUACGGUGAGGCGCAUGCAGGGAACCUUUUUGAGAUUCUUUUUGGAGAAAAAAGACGAUAUCUCUGAAGUAGCCAAAGAGAAAAUGUUGCUGGAGAUGAAUGACCUUAUGUGUUACAUCACAAAGACUAUCCAUGAUGACCUGCAGAGGGCAAUGCACCUGUCACUGAUAAACGAGGAGAUGACUGUACCAGAUGUCCAAGGGGAAUUCACAGAGGUGGAGGAAUAUAUUGAAACAGAAGCAAAGAUGAUGAAAUAA